UUUUCUAUUGCAGUGAACACCUACCUCUUCAUGAUGCAAGCCCAAGGCAUCAUGAUUCGUGAAAACAUGAGAACAAUAGGAGCUCAGGUGUAUGAGCAGGUAGUCCGUAGCGCGUAUGCCAAGAGGAACAGCAGCGUAAAUGACUCAGAUUAUCCUCUUGAUUUGAAUCACAAUGAAACCUUCCUGCAAACCACAACUUUUCUUCCUGAAGAUUUUACCUACUUUCCAAACCAUACCUGUCCCGAGAGACUCCCUUCUAUGAAGGGUCCAGUUGAUGUAAAUAUGAGUGAAAUUACAAUGGAAGAUAUCCAUCAAGUAUUCUCGAAAGACCCUUCCAUCAAGCAAGGAGGCCAUUGGAAACCUAAUGACUGCCUGCCUCGUUGGAAGGUGGCAAUCCUGAUCCCAUUCCGCAAUCGUUAUGAGCAUCUUCCAGUUCUCUUUAGGCACCUUAUUCCAAUGCUUCAGAGCCAACGUUUACAGUUUGCGUUCUAUAUCAUCGAGCAAGCUGGUAACCAACCUUUUAACCGUGCCAUGCUCUUCAAUGUCGGCUUCCGGGAAGCAAUGAAGGACUUGGACUGGGAUUGUCUCAUCUUCCACGAUGUGGACCACAUACCAGAAAAUGACCGUAACUAUUAUGGAUGUGGACAGAUGCCAAGACACUUUGCAGCCAAGCUGGAUAAAUAUAUGUAUCUGCUACCCUACAAUGAGUUCUUUGGAGGAGUGAGUGGCUUAACAGUGGUACAGUUCCAGAAAAUUAAUGGCUUCCCCAAUGCAUUCUGGGGCUGGGGUGGAGAAGAUGAUGACCUUUGGAACAGAGUGCAAUAUGCAGGCUACACAGUGACUCGACCAGAAGGAGACACAGGGAAAUACAAGUCAAUUCCACACCAUCAUCGAGGUGAAGUGCAGUUCUUAGGAAGGUAUGCGCUGCUGAGGAAAUCAAAAGAGAGGCAAGCCCUGGAUGGUCUCAAUAACUUGAACUAUUUUCCAAACAUUACAUAUGACGCCUUGUAUAAAAACAUAACUGUUAACCUGACACCGGAGCUGGCUCUGGUGAAUGAAUAUUAAGAGGAGAUAAAACAUUUGCUUUGCCCUUUGCCAAGAAAGCAACACAUUAGACAUUCUUUUUGAGCAUCAUCAAGGACAACAAAUGCAUUGUCUAAUGAAGGAUCACAGUAUAGAAUAAGAUUUGAAGAAUGAGAUUGAAAGCGCACGCACAAAUCUUCUUAGCUGUACUGACCCAAUCCAGUUGUUUGUGCAGCAAGCCUAAUGACUUGAUUCGCUUUCUGGUGUUAAGAACAAUGGUGUGACCUGCUGCUCUCAUCUCUGCAUUCCGUCUCCUCCAGCAAUCUCGAAUACUGUAACUGUUCUGACAUGCUUUUCUCUCACGGAACCAGUUUGACUGAAUGACUCUUCGGCUGCUUGACUUUGGAUGCCAGAAGCAAUCCAGUAGGCAAUGGCCCUAAUGGGAGAACAAACAAAACUUAUACCAUUCUUCUACAUUUGUGUGGUUUUUUUAAAUGACCUGCUUGAAGUAUAUACAAUGGAAUCGCUUCUUAAAGAAGCGUAAGUGUAAAUAAGCUAUGUAAAUUGCCUUUUUUAUUUUCUUUUACAAUUCAAAACCCAAGCUAAAGGUUUAUGUCUUCAAGUCACUCACAUAGGCCCCGAUCCUGUAAACACUUGCACGUGUACUUAAAGGACUGACUUGCAUGAAUACAAUUAAGUGAAUGGGACUACUCAUGUGAGUAAAGCCAUUUUUUUAUGUUCGUGCAUAUGUGUUUACAGGACCAGGGACCUUAACUGGUAAGAUGCAGGAGUUUAGAAAUCUGAAGCCACAUCUGAUGACAAACCAUGGGGAGGGAAGGGUAUUGAAACCUACGUUAAAAGGAAAAGCAUCCAACUUGCAUCAUUUUGCAGCAGAUCCUGUGAAAAAUUAUUACAUCUUUCUAUUCUAUUCCUGAUGGCUUUCUUUGCCUAUAAACCCCUGGAUCCUAUACCUGCUGGCAAGUGCAAGCUUGGAUUGUAGACUUAAGUCUUUCACACCCCCCAUCCCCACCAUGUUCCUUUCCACCCCAAGAGCCAGUUUCAGCUGAAGGCCUAUCUGGUCUCCCUGAACACGUCCCCAAGCUCAUAUCUUCUCUCCUCUAUCAUGGUCUGUAGGUUUGGGCAGUUGGCUGCAGUUUAUUAAAUCUGCCCCCAACUUAACAGCAUUCUGCAGUGGUUCCUCUAAUAUAAUACUUUUUUGUUUUAUGCAAUAGUAUUUUGCUAUAUUUAUUGUAUAAAUGAAACGGUACACUGAACUAAUGUGUAUUAUAACCAUAGGCAUAACACUUGGUUAUGGUCUUUAACCAGAGAAAGCAUUGCGCGAGUACAAAUGGCAGGACAGAUUUAGCCACAGACUUAAAAUCACAAUGUGAAAAAUGAAGGACAUUAAAUUUAGUUCAGGAAAACAUAAGUAUCAAGAACUGAGGAGUUUGGUCCAUAUACCCAUCCAGUUUUAUAGGUUUUUUUUGUUCUUCCCUAGACAUGAUCUUUUUUGGUUGUGCCUAUUUAAUUUUUUUUUCUUUUGGCUUAAAACCAAUCCAUCAAUAUACAGCACGUACAAACGCACUUUUACUGGGCCUUCUGGCUAGUAAAAGCUUUUUGGGGGGUUGCUUUAAUGUAACAUGUAUAUUUUAUAUAUAUAUAUAGUGACUGUGAGUGCUUAUGCCUCAGAAGUUCUUUAACUUACUUUUAUCACAUUGUUUGCCUUCUGUUUUUCUAAACUCUAAUGGUUUACAUUGGUUUUCUUGGUUGCAUGGACAUAUGAUCCCCAUACACAUCUGCUGUGGGUGUGACUGACCAGGCCUCUCUUCUGUCUCUUGAGAAUAGCUUAGUUUAGAAAACAUGGAGUUCUUGUUGUGUAGAUCUUAUCAAUCAGCCUGCAUGAGAGGACAGAGUCUGCCCUUGAGAGUGCUGAUAAAUUUGUAAUUUAGGUUUAAAGUCUUUGAAUACAUGUGCUUUAAAAUUGCUUCCUGAGGGAAUCCUACAUGGUUACUUACAGACAGAGGUAAGGAUUUUCUUUUAUGGCGCAUAUAUAGCAAUAAAGACUUUUGCUUCUUACUCCUGUUCUGAUUAUUGUGGACCCUUUUCAAGUGCAGACCCUUUACUUCCCCUGUCAUACCUUUUCAAUCUUGAUGUUGCUAGAAAUCUUUAUUUAAUGGUGCUUCAAACAAGGAAUGUAUUUCAGAUGGUCUAAGUUCACCACCACCAGAAUCGUGCAUGUGUGUGUGAGUAGAUGUUAAAAGCUGUACUUGAGUUUGAAUCCUCAGCUUUCAAUGUGUAUUUACCAUCUGUUGCACCUUCUGUUUUAAAAAGACAUUACCUCUACUCAGAAAUGCACUCAUUUAAGGUAGGCGUAAAAGGGUCCAUUUCACCUAAUCAACAUCACUCUAAUUUUUCUCAAUCACAUUGAGUUGUUUUUUUUUUCCCUCUUUAAAAUGUGGAAUAUCUUAAAAUGUGCACUGUUAAACUUAUCAGCUAAGUCCAAUACUGUAUAGUAAAUGUAAUUGUUUAAAAAAAAAUCUGUUGAGCGCAUGUGCUGUUAUGGUGUAAAAAGUCUCAUACUAGAGAACUGUACAUAUUCUGGCAGCUGAAAUUCACCAAGGCCACUCAUUUAUCCCUUGUACAUCAACAUUGUGUACCAACCCUGCUGGGGGGCAGGACAUGAUCAAUGCUGAUUUCUCUUUUUUUUUUUUUUUAAAUAAGCCAUGUGGGUUUUUAUUUGCUUAAAAUAUUUAUUUAAAAUUUAUUUUUAAAGCUCCUCUUCUUCACAGAAGUUACCAACUGAGCAAGAGCCGCGUGCGGUUUUUUUUGUUUUUUUUAAUCAUUCACGAUCAGAGGUGGCAUUAACUCUAGCUAUAUCCUUUCUUCAUCAUGGCUUUGUGAGCUUCUUAAGUUUUUAAGAGGUGCCAGGGGUACAUUUUUGCACUGAAAUCUAGUGUUUUAAAACGCACACUUUUCAGCAAAGCAAUCCUUUGUGUCAUUACAUUUCUUUACUUAUGUGUUUGUACAUUUUUGUAUUUGUUAAUUUAUGGAUGAUUUUUCAGUAAAAAAUACAUAUUCAAGACCAAGGA